UUUUUUUCAAAAAAAGUUAUUUAUCAAAAAUAAAUAAAGAAAAAAAAAUGAAUAAUUAUGGGAAUCAGGGUCAUCAAGGUUAUGAGCAGCAACAUCAAAGCCACUUUGAUAACCUAGCUCAAGGUUUUAAUCAGCUUAAUGUAGGUGAUCGUUGGAAUCAAUUUCAAUCUCAUUUACAUCGACCUUGGUCACAAGAGAAAGGAUCUCAUCAUCAUCAACAACAUGCGCCCGGGGAAGUAAUCUGUGGGCCCUUAUUAAAGUAUAUUGAUAUUAAUUAUACAACACGUCAAUGGAGAGGAUCGAUUCUUAUCGUCUCUAGUGAUCCAUCUCCACCACCUAUCCAAGUUCAGUUGAUUGCACUCACUACAGGUCAAAGUACGACUAUCGAAACCCGUGUUGAAAAACUCGAUAGUUUCCGCCAAAUAUAUCAUUUCUGGCGUUAUGACCUUCGUUUAAAACUCACAGAUCAACCACAACGUUUGAUCUAUUCCACACCUCAUCAAAACUGGGCUCAACCCCAAUUUGAAGUCCAUUUACCAGCUUAUUUUGAAACGAUGCGGUUCAUGUUUUACUCUUGUAAUGGGUUCUCAGAUAUUCCCCAGGAAGUGAAAGAUAAAUUUGGUGAAAAGGAGGCUCCGCUUUGGCAAGAUGUGUUGGAUCGUCAUGAAGUAAUGCCUUUCCAUGUCUUGUUGGGGGGUGGGGAUCAACUUUAUCAAGAUCGCUUAAUCAAAGAAGAUUUUAUGAAGCCUUGGGUUGCUGAGAAAGACCCUGUAAGGCGAUUAGCUAUGAAAUUGAGUCCUGAAAUGAAAGAUGGAUUUGAAGAGUUUUAUUUUUCAAACUAUUGUAAAAAUUUUGGGUUUAAAGAGAAUCCAGUGGUAGCUAAAGCCUUUGCUACAAUUCCUUCUAUUAAUAUGUGGGAUGAUCAUGAUAUUAUUGAUGGCUAUGGUUCAUAUCCGACAGAGAUGCAGCGUGCAGAAUGUUUUCAAGUACUCUUUGCAAAUGCAAGUCGAUUUUAUUAUUUAUUCCAGCAUCAUACUACUAUAGAACUAGCCACACAACAUGGAAUGAUUCGAGGUUCUUUGCCUACCUGUAAUCAUAUCAUUUCGACACUUGGACCCGAUAUUGGCUUCAUUGCUGUUGACUGUCGAGGAGAACGUACAAAGAUGGAAGUCUGUCAAGCAUCCUCCUAUGAUACUCUCUUUCGACAUCUUAGUUCAACAGCUGUUAUCCCACCUACUGUUAAACAUCUUUUUAUUCUUACGGGUGUGCCCCUCAUUUAUCCUCGGUUAACUUUAUUUGAAAAUUUAAUGGAUGGUGCAGCUGGAUUUAACCUGGCUACUAUUGCGGGUAAGACAGGUGCAUUAGGUGACAUUAUCGGUGGUCAAUUGAAUGUUUGGAAUGGCGAUCCUGAAUUAUUAGACGAUAUGAACGAUCACUGGACUGCAGGUAAUCAUGAACAAGAAAGAAAGAUAUUUAUUGAACGACUUCAAUCUUAUGCUCGUGAAAGGUCAAUUCGUGUAUCAUUCUUAGGUGGUGAUGUGCAUUGUUGUGGAGCUGGAAAAUUAUACUCAAAAGAUAUGAAGGAAAAAGAAGAGGGCGAUCCUUAUUUCAUGGUCCAAAUUAUUUCCAGUGCCAUCGUCAAUGUACCACCUCCCCAAGCUCUCUUAACAGUGCUUAAUCAAAAUUCUGGCUAUAUCACAUUUAAUGGUAAUACAGAAGAACGCAUGUAUAACCUAUUUAAAAAGUCUCCUAAUGGAAAUACACGACAAAAUAAAAAAUUAAUGGGAAUGAGAAACUAUUGUGCAGGAUAUUACGAUGAAAAGACAGGUAAAGUUAACUUUUGGAUUCAAGCUGAAAAGGAAGUAGGCGUAAAAGGAACGAUGGGUUACCUUGUGGAUGUACCUAAACUUGUAUUUGGACAAGCUGGAUAUCAUUUAUUUCAUCAAGAUAAAAAACAAAUAUUAAAUGAUCUUUAUCAGCAACAAAAGCAAUCACAGAUUCCUUUCCAUUAUCAACAACAGCAAGGAAGAAAUGAUGACAAUAGUUAUUUUCAACGUUUACAAUCAAAGAUAGGCGGAUUCGUUAUGCCUCAACCCUAACUCCUAUUUAACUUUUAUAUAUUCAUAUUAUAAAUGCUAUUCAUAAUAAACAAACAAACAAACAAACAAACAAACAAACAAACAAACAAACAAACAAACAAACAAACAAACAAACAAACAAACAAA